CCAGCCACAGAUGGCUUGGUUUGUGCUGGUGUUGGCCAUGCUGUGUGCAGCAUCUACAGCUAAGCAGCCACCAAAUAUUAUAUUUAUACUUGCAGAUGAUCUGGUAAGUUUAUUUUGAUUUAAGCCUCUUCUAUAUCAGUGCUUUGGCACUAUUUCUUCUUGCUACAGCUGUAGGCCUCUGCUUUAGGGUCUGAUAUAAGUUCAUAUCAUUUCUAAUGACACUUGUAUCAGUUAACUACCUGGCAAGUACAUGAACCCCCCACCUUUAUGUGGACACAGUCUCAAGGGAUGCCAGGUUUGUCCUUUAAGAUCUUGAGAGAGCAGUAAGAAAUAAUAUUUAUUUAUUUUUUAUUUUAUUUAUUUUAUUAUUUUGCCACACACAAUGAAUUACAAGCAGAAUAAAAACGAUAAUAAAUAGGUUAACUAACAUUAAAUUUAAAAUUUGUGCAUUACUUGGGAGGAGUGACUGUGGCGGGGAAAUCUCUGAGAAGCCGAGCUUAUGAGGAAUAGAGAUUUCCCACCACGGGCAAUUAAAACACUAGGCGGCAUUUUAAGAAAUAAAGAAAAAAGUCGUUUAUUUAAGUAUAUAAGUGCGUUUAGAGGAAAAUAUAGAUAUGAGGUGUUAAGGUAUUUAGGUUGCAUUUUGUCUGACUAGUUUAAGGGGCAUUUGGACAUCGUCUUCCUCAAAAUUUCCACGUUUUGAAUCAGAGGACGUCUUUGAGCGUGUUGCCGCCAUGAUUAAAUCAAUACUAUGUGUUGAGAUGGUUUAGCAUCUAUGUUUAAUAAGGAAGUGUUACUGAACAUGCAGUUCACUGCUGGGAUUUGAUUAAAAAAAAUCAAACAGUUUAUUUUUAAUCCAUAAUAUGAUCAUCAAUUCCUUUGAUAUACCCAUAUCCUAAAUGAAAAGUCCCUUUUGAAUGGAGCCUCCUCAUAUAGGCCCUUAUAGGGAGUGCCCCCCUUCUCCGCCCGCCCCCCCCCCCCACUCCAGACUAGUGUGUUUGCAGGUUUAUAAAUGCAAUGAAACCCAUUUGUGCUUAACUCAUUCACUCCUGAACUACCAUUUGCAUCCAUUCCCUUGUACAUAUUACUUGGGAUGUCCCAUCAUAAAUUAUAUAUUAUAGGGAACUAAUUAACAAUAAGCUUGUGCGAACCAUAAUGGAAUGAGCUUGUUUCAGUCAAACAGGCCAGAUAAAAAAUGCAAACUUCUUGAAGCUGACCCGGAAAUAAUUCCUAAGAGAACUCUUGCUGAACUUUCUACCCACUAUGACUUGCACUUAAUUUCAUGUAAUCCUAGGAUCCUUAAAGUUUUCACAAAAACUUUUUCCACGGAUAUGAAGCUUAGCAUGUCCAGCAAAAGCAAUAAGAAAGAAGAAGAAAGGGAGUAAUUGAAAUGUUAAAGUCAAGACUGCAGUGUCACUUUUUUCCCCACAAAACUAUCUUGACAUUUUGUUAAAUCUGCAAAGGGACAGUCUUUGCAAGCUGAUAUGUAGCAUCAAGAACAGUAGGCUGCAUAAUGCUCAUUUUAUUAACAGGGUUUUGUGCAGUCUUGGUUUGUUUUGGCCAGACAAGUGACCAAAAAUUGACCCAACUAGUUUGAAAUGGUGUUUUUGGGCAAAAUUUCUAGAAGUUAUGGGUUAAGCCCCAGUUUUCUAGGUGGGGAACACCUUUGAACAUAAAACAACUGAAUCUGCCCUCAAAAUGCCGAAUCAGGAAAACAAUGGCAAAAGAGAAAUUAAUUUUAGUGUAGUGUGUAUAGAUUUGUUGGGGAUUGGAGUGUAUGCGAACGAGCAACAAAGCUCUAUGAAAAAGAAUGGGGUAAAGUUGAUUUUCUUGAAAAAUAAAAACCAGCUAUGGCAGCCUAGUGUUAAAAUUAAUAAUUUUAUUUCGCUACUAUUUUGCUAACAAGUCCUUUUGUUUUCUGACUACUUUUAGGGGUGGGAUGAUGUAAGUUUUCAUGGCUCACCGCAGAUCCCAACUCCAAAUCUUGAUGGUCUGGCAAACAAUGGAAUCAUUCUGAAUAACUAUUAUGUGCAGCACAUAUGUACACCAACCCGCAGUGCUAUCAUGACUGGUAGAUACCCCAUCCAUACAGGUGGGUGGUGAUGAAAUUUAAACAAAAAAUUAUAUGACUUACGAUUUUUACCAAGGUUAAAACUUCAGGGUGCAAAGAAAGUUGUUUUAACGGCUUGCCAUUUAGGCAAGUUGUUGCUAGUAUGUAUUAGCCCAAGAGUCUAUUAAGUAGCCCAUGAGCAGCAUGGAUUGAAUUUCCCCCAAAACUUCACUUGCCCUUUAAGUUAAGAACAGGAUUCAUGAGCCCGUUUACAAAAUCCACUAGCACAGGGCUAUCGGAAACCACUUUCUUUGCACGCUGAAACUUUCUGUUUGUUGCUGAGGUAAUGUUAGAUCGUUACCCUCGCUAGAAUAGGGUGCUCAUGUUUGACCCAUUGACCCAAGAACAGCCUGUAAACGCUCAUGCAGAUUCAUUUUGCUUGUGCUGCUUUUGACAUCAUUAAUAAUAAUGAACCACCAGUGGCAACUUUAAUGUCAAAACUUCUUUCUGGGGGAAGAAAUGUUUCAAACUAUAAUAUGAAUGAGCACAGUUGAAUCAAACAGAGAAAAGUGAAAAAAUAAUAAUAGAAAGAAAUAAUAACAAUAAUAAUAAUAAUGAUAAUAAUAAUAAUAAUAAUAAUAAUAAUAAUAAAGUGGCUAAAUGUAAUUACACAAGACAAUACUGGCCAGCGGUCUCCUUGACUUAUCGUAUGUAGGGCGGGCCUAGGGCUUUUUCAGGGCCGCAGUAUUUUUACAGCUGCACUCCUUCGGAGGUCAAGUCAUUUUGCAUGCAUGGCCUUUGCUUGUGCUUGUGUCAAAGCCUUUUUGCUCCCAGCCCUUCCCUCCCUCUGGGUGGGUCUUGGUAAGUAUCUGAAAACUGUGAUGGUGCCUAGUGGUUGCCGCUCACAGGGUUGUCAUGGUUACCUUCACUCUCGCUUGUGGCUCCCUCAGUUUACUCAGGCACCUUCCCCACACGCAUCUAUUGGCAAUGGGUGUAAAUAACAGUGCUCAUUUCUAGAAAUAAUCCAGAAAUGUGACCCACACACUAACAAAAAGUGUUUCAAAUGAAAUAAAGAAUGCACUAACACCUACCCAUACAUCGGAAAUUUGGUUAGCUGAAUUUAUCUACAGCUGUAUUUUAUUCUUUGCUUUUGUAUUACUACUGUUGUAUAUUUUAUGCUGUGCAUAUGUAUGUCUCCAGGUAUGCAACAUAGUGUUAUUCAAAUAUCUCAACCAUAUGGACUUGGUUUGAAUGAGACUAUUUUGCCUCAGUAUCUUCAAAAGCUGGGAUAUGCCACACAUGCAGUUGGAAAGGUAUCUGGGGUUUUGGUUUUUGUAGUACAUAUCCUCCAUGAUGAUUUGAACUUAGAAAAGUUAACAAUGAGUAAAGGUCCAGAAGAGUUCUGAUUCUGUCACUCUCUGAAUGAAUGCCACCUCAUUCUAUGAAAGGGUCACCAGGGGUACUUAGCAUUUACAUUAGAAAACUGGAAAUUCCAGUUGGAAAAGCAAAAGUUUCGUGCCAUUUUGUUUGGGAAGGUUCAGGAAACAUUGGCUGUGAUUUGAGGCGACGCAGUUUUUCUACUCUUUUUAGUCUGUUCAGCAGAUUUGGAUUUGUGUUUUUUUAUAGCAGGUUUUUCUCCUACCCCGUCAAAUUUUAUUGUAAUUUGCUUACACAAAAGUUUUCUACCCUGGUGGUUUGUCUGCACCCCUGGUGUUGGUCCCUUUUGUUGUUCAGUCAGUUUAUACAUAUAAGACGGACACCUCACUGACACUUUUCAAACUUUCAGAGGAGACUUGAGAGGUGGUUUGGGUUGUUAAAAAUACAGUAAUGUGGAUAUCUAUAUAUCACUUUAAAUUUGAACUUGGGGAAGCAAAUUACAUAAGCAAAUGCAUGUACAGUACUUGACUCUUUGUUCCCUACCCUGGGUACCAGAGGUGUUUUUCUUGUAUGCAAGUCUCUGGCACCCAGGGUAUUAUUUUGUUCCCCUGCGUGGAUCACAGUGUUCCAGUUUUUACAUUUUUCCCAAGUUUGAGAAUUACUGGCUGUGUUUUGGUUCUCGCCUCUCCCUCAAUAAAGAGAACACCUCUUAGACUCUAAGGGCACUUUCCAAAAGUCAGAACUGGCUGGCCUGAUCAUAGCCAGACCAGGCAUUUUGACAAUAAAAAGUGCUUUUUUUUCAGAGUUUUUGUUGAAACACCCUUUCCUUCAUGAAUGCUAUUUGGGAUCUGACUGGAUAGUUUGAUUAGAAGUGAAAUUCUCAUUAUGACUGGAAUGGUCUGGCCAGUCAGUUCUGACAAAUGGAAAGCACCUUAAGACUGACAGUUAGGACAGACAGCACUGUCCAUCUUUAAGUGGGUUGACUGUAAAUGUCAUUUUGUGAGAGUUUAUGUGAACCCAUUACACAUUACACAGAUGUUACCUCAUAACAGGUUGGUCCUGGAGGUUUUGUUUGCAUGUUCCUUUUCUCUAACGUUUUUUAUUAGUGGCACCUUGGAUUCUUUCAAACUGACUACACACCCACCAAGAGAGGAUUUGACUCUUUCUUUGGUUAUUGGGGUGGAAAAGAAGAUUAUUGGGAUCACUCAAACCUAGCAAAAUCCGGACAGGGUCUGGACUUUCGCAAUGGUACUGAGGUGAGUAAGCUAUUUAGAAGUUCUGUUGCUUCAAUAGAAAGGAAAUAGUAGACAAUAGACUCCCAUGCAUUCCAAUAUAGCAUUUCGAUCGGCAACACCGCCCAGUCUCUGGUCUGCUACACAGCCGUUGUUUGUGUUGUCACGCAACGCUUCUCCCCAGAUGAGCGUUGCGUGACUAAUCCAGUCCCAAGCGCAGCCUCGAUAUCGCCAGUGGGUCUCUUUCCGUAUCCUUCUCUGAACGAUUAUUCCCCUUUUCUCAGCCCGUAAAGACAGAGUGGGGCCAGUACAGUACAGAGCUGUUUACAGAAAAAGCCGUGGAUAUUAUUCAGACGCAUGAUCCUUCUAAGCCGCUGUUUUUGUACCUUCCGUUCCAAGCAGUUCAUAGCGCAAACUUUAUUCAGCCGCUUCAAGCGCCCCCGAAUUUAAUCAAGAAGUUUUCUCACAUUGAAGAUGAAAACAGAAGGAUUUUUGCUGCCAUGGUGUCUUCUCUUGAUCAGGGCGUAGGAAAGGUAAGGAAAACGAUAUUGAUGCCAACUUUAGCUUGUGUACAGCCGUCUCCUCUCCAUUUUUUUAGGGGAGGGGUCGGCUGUACAUGUAAUAAGGGAUUAAAGCCUAUUGUUAGUUACCAAAAGCAGUGACGGUGCGAGGCUUCGUUAACUGUGUCGGCGUGUGGGUUAAACUUAAUUGUCUUUCGAGGAACCAUGAAUUAGUAUCCAUUGGAUAUUUACUAGGGAAACUAAUUGAGUUAUCCACUGGUUUAACAAAAUAUUCAGUGGAUAACGUUAUUCACCUUCUGAACAACUGGAGAUUGGCAGUUUACAAGGGCAAUCAGGGAGUGGAACACGAUGCCACUGAAAGAUAACUGACUAAUCACAAUGGUGGUGAGACUGGAUGGGAAACUUAUGUCACGUGGACGGAUUUCUCAUCACCGAUUGGUUGGUCUCCAAGAUGGCGUUGGAUGGUUCCAUCAUAAACGAUGGCGAAAAUGUGGCACAAACCAGUCGAAAUAUAUGAGGAAAAAUCUGAAGCGGAAAACGUGUGUAAAGUUGAAUGGUUCUCGCUGGUGUGACGUCACAUUUUUCCACUAUGUUGGAACCGAUCACAUCAGCUAGUUUCCUUAAUUCAGUCCUUCUAUUAUCCAUGAUCCGUGAAAUUCUGGAUUUCAAAUUUUAGCUGCUUGACAUUCUGCCUUUGUAUCUACAAUUCCCUGAAGUCUUCUGAUAAUUUCUUAUCAGGUUGUUGAUGCACUUAAAGCCAGCGGUUUGUACAACAACUCAGUUAUUGUCUUCUCAACUGAUAACGGUGGUCCAGCAGCAGGAUUUGAUAUGAACAGCGCUUGUAACUUUCCUUUGAGGGGUAUCAAGGACACGCUUUGGGAAGGUGAGCAAAGCAAUGCCAGCGAGCGCGCGCUCAGUAUUUCCCACCGUCGCCAUCUUUGAUUGAAGGCCGAGGAAGAUUGGGGAGAGUAUACCGUGGACGCUUUUGUUUUUUUGUUGUUGUUGUUGUUGUUGUUUUUUGUUGUUGUUUUCUGUUUUUUCAAGUUUUGAUGAAGCGUAACUAUAUCUUCCUUAGUUUUCAACAAAUCACUCUCAAACUUAGUGUCUUUACUAAUUUUAUAAUUAAUGCGUUCUUUUUAGCCUUGUUGACGGAUUUUUUUGCUAAGUGGUCCCAGUCAAUAGUUGAAUAAACCGUGGAAAAGUCUAUCGCACUUACACCACAGCUAUGAGCUAUAGGCUCACAAAUAAAUUCAAGAAAGCUGGGAUUAAAUACAAAUAACAUAUUAUUCUGCCCGCUAACCCAUUAAACUUAUUUUUUUCCUUUAACUGAUAACAGGAGGUGUCCGUGGUGCGGGGUUUAUGCACAGUCCUCUGAUUUCAAAAACAGCAGGCCGAGUGAGCAUGCAGUUGAUGCACGUGACAGAUUGGCUUCCUACACUGUAUUCUGCAGCAGGAGGAGAUAUUCAUGACCUGCGCAAUGUUGACGGCCUUGACAUGUGGGGUGCACUCACUAAUGCUACCGUGUCGCCUCGGCUGGAAAUUCUUCACAACAUCGACCCGAUGACUGGUGCUGCAGCUUACCGGUUCAGAAACUGGAAACUGCUGGUUAAUAUAUGUAAGUAAAUCAAAGACUUUUUUUAUAUAGGAACUUAAGCAACAAUAAUGUCAACAAAGUAAUGGGUUGAGCGAUCAAAAUCGCAUUUGUUGCGGUGAGAAUACCCGGCUGUCGUUUUAACAUGAUUUUUUUAAUUAUUUUGUUUUUUUAUUUUAAGUCAUGUGUCCCUAUUGGUGUUUUAUUGCCUUUCUACUCAGACUGGUUUCUACCAUUUUAGGAAGCUAUUUCGAGGCUCCAUACCGCGUCAAAAAUUCGCUAGCUAUCCGAGAUAUUGACAAUGUACUGCUUAUUUUCAUUGAAGUGCUUUUUGUCCUUUUCUAACCUCACAGCUACAGCUUGGAGUGGAUGGUAUACUCCUCCAGGAUUCGACACCUCAAAUCAAACUUCCAGAGCUGCUACGUUGAAAAAUGCCGUCGUCACUUGUACUAAGCCACCCAGUCCCGCAGUUAGUUGUACAAAAGAGGCAGGGCCUUGCUUAUUUGAUGUUGAAAACGAUCCUUGCGAGUAUGUCAACCAAGCAAAGAACAACCCCAAUGUUCUGAACCGAAUGCUGCAGUGGCUCGAGGAAUUCAAACAAACCAUGGUGCCCCCGAGAAACAAGCCAGUGGAUCCAAAAGCUAAUCCCAAUAAUUUCGGAGGCGUGUGGAGCCCUUGGAUGGAUUAGCACUAAUUUCCGCGUCUGCGAACAAUAGCUUGGUUUUCAACUGAAUGUGACAAAACCGAAUAGACAAAUAACGUAAUUUUCGGGUUUGUUGGAUUAAGAAAAAUACGCGGACUUGUUCUAAAAUUUCCAUUUCCGCCGAAGAAGUCAGGUUUUUCGAAACUGGUGACUAUGAAUCAUGCGACCACUUACGAUACCCAUAAGGUCCAAUAAGAAUGGCAAGUUUUGGGGUGUAUGCUAGAAAUCACACCGGCAGACCUGGUCAUUGAGAAUUGUCUCUCUUAGGUUUAACUAUAAAUUUUAUUUAAUGUGGUUUAAAUUACAGCUCUGGGUGCAUUGGUUUUUGUCAGAUUACAACUUGAUCUAAAAAAGGACGAAGGAAAGAUGUUCCUAAAGUUGUAAAUCAAGACUUCAGUAAGGCAGGGAGAGGGGGGAGAAGGUUUUUCAUUAACCUCCCUACAUGUUGUUUAUAAAAAAUUGAGCAUACAUCCUGUACCGAAUGGCGCUGACUUGCAGUUUAAGGGUUAAUACUACAUUUAUACCAAUAACACAUGCAUCACAGUAAAGAGAGGCACCCUAACUUUGCACACUGAUCCGAAAACCGCAAUAACCUUUACGUGGCUUCGGAGCGUGCUGGGGUCAAUUUAAUAAAAUUUUUACAUGUGUAAUUUACAAGUGUAGCUAUUGUUUUAGAGUCUGAGAACAAUAGCUACAGUUGUAAGAGUUUUAUUAAAUUGACCCCUGGUCCAAAACUAAAGUGGUCUGGAAAUGUUUUGUUCUCCUUUUUUGAUGUUCUUCAAUUGAUAGCUGCAUGCCGUGUAUUUUGAUAAAUUCAAAGCGAGGUCGCCAGGAACUGAAUUCCGCAGUGAGCAACAGCAACGACAACAGUGAUUUUAAAAGUUCACGGUGGUACCUGUUCAUUUUAUCAAGAAACUAUAAGACAUUUGAUUGGUUGAUGUUCGUUGAAAAAGAUACCAGUUUAUUGAUGUGACCACCAAAUGACCUAACACAAAUGAUAGAAAAGGAAGUGAACAACUUCCACAGAAAAACACCAAUCGGUCAUUUUUUUCGGUGAUGCUAGUUGUUCUCAUAAGAGGAGUUCUUGCUUUGUAUUUUAAAAGGGAAGUAAUUUUUUAACAGUAUCCGCUGUACAAAAUCAAAUAUUUUUUCUUAGACUAGAAUUCUGAGAAUUAAUCACUUUAAAUCACGUUUUCUUACAUCUGUGUGUAAAAUGUUAGCUAUUUAUGUUGAUAAACAUGUUAAAAAUGGCUCCCAAUAACCACGCCCCAAGACACAAGGGAACCAACAAUAGUUUCCGCAACACUCUGCACUCUGGAAUUAAAUAAAACAUUGUUUUUUAAAUACAC